GCAACGACCAGGAAGAGGUGUUUUGCUUGCAGCCCCGGUAUAUCUUGUGCAAAAGCAUCGCACUCGUAGUAAUUGCAGUCAUGCAUUACAAAUUUUUUUCUCAUGGUCAUGGUAAAUCCGCAUGACAAAUUUUAUUUCUUAUGCUGGGGAAAUUUGUAAUGCAUUUUUACGAGUACUGCGAUACUUUUGCAAUGCAUACGGUACCCCUUCGCGUGCGGCAACGCAGCCCCACUGGGCCAGGCGAGUGGAAGCUUAGACGCGCACCCACACGAGGCGAAGUACAACGAUCGGCACUACUCGAUAUCGUACGAAAAAAGUGUUUCACUCGUAAAAGAGUUUUGCAAGCUUUGCAUCACAAGUUUCUUUCAGUUCUACAUCACAGAGAAAUGAAUUUGCCAUGCGAGAUUCCUAAGGGAAAACACAGCUAAAAUUACGAGACUAAUAAUGAUCAUUAGCACUAUUCUGGGCCUCAGGCCCCCCCUCGACCCCUAAUGCCCCCCCUGAGGCCCCCCCUCAGGCCCCCCCUUAGGCCAAAAAAGGCCACCCCUAAGGCCCCCCCCUUUUGCCCAAAGGGGGGGGUUAGGCCCCCCCGUAGGCCCCCCCCUUUUUUUCGCGUUCGCAGACGCCUGAGGCCAAAAAAGCCCCCCCUUUUGCCAAAGGGGGGGGGCUAGGCCCCCUUAGGCCCCCCCUUUUUUUCGCGUUCGCAGACGCCGAAUCCAGAACAUAAAGCCCGGCAGACUAUCGACGACCAUGUGACGCCGGCAGCGAUCGAACAACCCCGGGCGGCGCCGCGCGCUGUGAGUCUGGGUUGGCCCGCCGGUUCUCCUUCUGAUUGUGGCUGGGGCCGCUUUGGAAAAAAUAAAUUUGCGAUGUCUUUGGCUUUGGCUGAAUACUUCGUCCGUUGCUUCGGCUUUGUCCUUUGGUUUCAAUUAAUGGCGGGGCCGCUUUGAAAAAAACUACCACCCGCAAAUGCGGGCGGGGGCGCUUUGGAAAGUUUUGAAACAAUUGCGCAGGCGGGGCCGCCUCGAGGUAAUGCCUAAGCGCGGGCGGGGCCGCUUCGCCAAGGGGAGAUCUUCUUGCCCUUUCCCUUUCCCUUUUCCCCCCCCUCCGUUCCUUUGGCGCGUGGCCUGGGCUUCGCCGUUUUCUACGCGUCCGGCUUCUUCUUGGCCCCCGCCUUCAUGGCCUCUCCGUCCGGCCGGGAGCCCUUCCUGAAGCCUCCCCUGAGCCCCCCCCGGCAGACUGAGGUCCCCCCAGAGGCCCACCCCCUACGGCCCCCGCCGCCUAGGGCCUGCCCUGAAGUUUUAAAGCCCAGCCCCUGCGCCCAUGCCCCCUCUCAGGCGCCGGCCAGGCCUUUCAGAAUUGCAAGCCCCGCCGGCCUUUGCGGGUCAGGGCCUUGCCUUCGCCUUUUGUCCUUAUGCUUUUUUUGCCCGAUUGCGAUUGCCCGCGGCAAGCCAAGCAAUCCGAGCAGAAGCCUCAAAAGGCAAAGGGCCCACCGGGCCAGCCCGGACACUGUUCCUCCCAAGGCGCAGCAAGGCCACCCCGAAAAACCUAGGCAGCCAAGGUCUUUCCUCCGGCUUUCUGGUCGUUGUAAUGAACCCCGAAAGUGGCAAGGAACGAAGAGAAGCCGGCGAGGCCGAAGAACCCGGAGGGGCUUUCGGGCUUCCAGUCGGCCCCCGGAAACGGACGGCUUCUCUAGCUCAAAGGCCCGCCACCCCAUAGAGGCCCCACUCUGGCCCACCCUGUAUGGCAUGCCCUGUAGCCCUAUUGGACCGCGCCCAGUCGCAGGCGCCGGAAAGGUUCUCCUGAAUGCUUUGGCAUUUUUAGAACAUUGGCAAGCCGAAGUCCCCCCCUAUGAACACCCAAAAGACCCGCCCGGCAGUGCCUUUGCUCCCUAGGGCCAGCCUUCUGCCCUGAAGCUUUUUUUGCUCGAAUGCAAGUCCUUGCGCCGGCCAUUGCCCGAGCCCCGUCUGUCUCAGGCGCCGGCAGGGUCUUUCGAAAUGAAUUAAAAGCCGCGGCGGCCCGCGCGACGGAAUCACUUCGCGCGUUCGCCUUUUCUUUGCCCUGCCUUCGCACGUUCGCCCGAUUUUGGCGGCCCAUGGCAAAGCAAUUCGGGCAGAAGCGUGCAAAACGCCCGCACAGGCCGCCUGGACAUUGUUCCAUCCCCCCCUCCUCAAUCGCAGCCAUUCGCCGGCCCCCUUACUUUAGAAUAAAUCCUGGAGGGGGUCCCUCCGCCGUGGGGUUUUCUGAUCGUUGGGACAGGGGCCAAAGGGGCAAGGCCGAGCGACAAGGUCGGGCAAACCGAGGAGGCUUUCGGGCUUCAAGUUUCGGAGCGAAAGGGCCGCCCCGUCAUAAAAGCAGGCCAAUGAGGCACGGAGCAAGCCUUCGGGCCUAAGGCCCCCACAAAAGCCCCCCCUAUGCCCCCCUCGGGCCCCUCCAUUCCCAUUGGCCAGCCCGGCAGGGCACUGCCUCGCUCCCUGGGGCCUUCUGCCCUGAAGCUUACUUUGAAGCCUGCCCGGCCCAGGCGCCGGCAGGGUCUUUCGGAUAGUUAGAAUAAAUGAGAAGCCGCGCCGGCCUGCGCGACCAAACCGCACCAGGCUUUCGCCUUUUGCCCUUUGCCCCGCCCCCCGAUUUUGGUUGCCCGCGCCCAGUCGAUUCGAACAGAAGUCCGCAGAGGGCCCCCAGGGCCCGCCCGGGCAUUGUUCCCCCUCCCCCCGCCAAAGCCAUCCCGUUGGCCCCCGCCUCUAAAAACGAAACCCAACAAGCCCAAGGCCGCCCCACCCUAAGGCUUUCCAGGCGUUGCAAGGUGGGCCGCAAGUGGAAAACCCAGGCGAGCUCGAGCAGCCCGAUGGAGCUUGCGGGCCUCCGGCCCCCGGAACUGAAGGGCCUCAUUGCCUCGAAUAAUUAAAGGCCCCCCCCACAGGCCCGCCCCCCUUGGGGCCCCCCCUGCGUCCCACUCUGAAAGGCAUACCCUGCUGCCCUAUUGUUCAGAUCAAUGCCCCGGCGCAGGCAGGGGACAGGUUUACCGAAAAAAUAAACAAUAAACUUUUGCAAGCUUCGGCACACUCUAAAGCCGAACCCGCCCGGAGGCCCCUCCCCCUCGCUCGGCCCCCCCCCUGGGGUUUUCCUUGAGGCCCCCCUGAGGCCCGUUGUGAGGCCACCCGCCGCCACCCUUUCGGCCCCCCGGAGUAUCCAUGGCCAGGCGGCCCCGUACGGCCCUCGCCCCCUAGGGCCUGCCCCGCAACUUCCUACCUAGCCUAGCCCUUGCCUCGGUGCGUGCCCCCCCGUCUCAGGCGCCGAAGAGGUCGCGUCUUUCAAAAUUGAAAGUCGCGCCGGCCUGCGCGGGUCACAAACGUCGCGCCUUCUCCUUUUGCCCCAGCCAUUUUUGCCCGACGGACUUUGAUUGCUCGCGGCAAAUCAAUUCGACCCGAAGCCCCCAAAGGGCACACCGGGCCAGCCCGCGCGCCGUUUCCCCUCAACCGCGGCCACCCCGAAUGCCCCCGCCCGCGAAAGAUCUAGACAGAGGAGACGUUUCCUAUGGCUUUCCGAAGCCUGUUCGAAAUCCAAGAGGGGCGGGGGCGCUCCUUUCGCGCAGUUGCUGGGCGGGGGGGCGCCGCCAGAUAUUUCCUUUUUGUUUUAUUUUGUGUUGGCACAUGGCCAGCAUGCAGAUCAGCCAGCCACUUCGGCCCGCCCGCCUGUCGCUUUCUUUGUACUCGGCCGCCAUGCCUUCACCGUCCGGCCCUAUCGUACGCCAUCCCGCGGCUGCCACCUGCGAAGGAUUCCCGCAAAAUCGAGCGCAGCAACUGCCUUCCCCGCGCCCCGGAGGUGUGUAGGGUGGCGAAAUAGGGCCAGGCCGCCACAGCCAAUACGAACACAGAAGCCAGGCGAAUAUCUGUGCCGCAGCAUUCACUUGCCCCGCCGGCGGGCCCUGUUUCGUCAGCGCAUUUUUUCAGCGUGCUGCCCAUGCAUGAUCAGCGGAGCCGCGUCGCAAUGUUGUUAGUUUAUCCAGCACCGGACACGAAGCCGCGCCUUGCUUCAGCCUUCGGGCCGCCGCCUUUCUGCUUCGCUUCCGCUGUGCAGGUGUCUGGAGGCCUGUUGGCUUCUUCAGAGCUGGCAGGCAGCUGCUCUGGCUGUAUCCGUGGCGCCUUUUUGCUUUCUGUCUACAGCUGCUGCCCCUACAACUUUUAUCAGCGCUAUGCACUGAUCUCCUGGCCUUGUCGCGCUACUCUUCCUUAGCGCUACCCCUGCCCCGCCCUUCCCCCUUCCCAGGAAGCCCAGCCCAACAGUCCUACUGAUCAUUUUACUGAAUGCGACAAAAUCAAGCUCAAGAAAGGGCCGCCCUUCAGGGCGACCCGUCUUCUUGUAAAUUUAGUGUCUUGCAUGUGUAGCAAGACAAACACUGCGCAGAUACAUUUUCUGCAUUACAAGUUUACAGUGAAGCAGUUUUUUCUUGCGAUACUCGACGAGCGAAUGCUACUACCUCUGCUCCCAGACUCCCUUCUAUGCAAGAAAAAAACUGUGUUAGUGUACUAGGUCUUUUGGGAAAACAGCAUCACAAGUUUGUCUGCGAGGGAAAACUUGUGAUGCGCAGAUAGGAAGGGAAAACACGUAGGAAGCGAGCCGAUCAUGCAUGUCGAGCAUGACAGGUGUAACUGUUUUGCAUUUUCUGCAUCACAGAUUUACACUUACACAGUUUUUUUCUUGCAUACCUUCUGCGAGGAGUUCGAGCUGUACAUCGGCUGGGAAGCGUAUCGCGAGAAAAAACGGACUCAGUCUCAACUUGUAAUGCGCAACUUCCUUGAGACAGUUUUUUCUUUUUGUCAUGCUGACGAACACGUACACGCUCACGCUGCAAGAGAGUCACUUUUCAUAUUUAUAGGUCUUUGCCUUGUGUCUAACGUAAUAUCACAGGUUAUUUUCUGUGUCAUGCUGACCAAAUUUGUAUUGCUGAUCCUGAUUCUACUACAAGCGUUUGAGACGGCGACAGCUCUUUCUUGCGAUAAAGCGAAACGCGAAAGCUCGAGCAAGUUGCAGGGGUUUAACUAUUACCAGCACUGUAUCCUGUGUAAAAACGUCCCCACACCAGAGUCAAGAUGGAAAAUCUGCUAGUAGAGAAAUCAACCAGCGCUGGUUGUCUCGCAUGGCAAGUUUGUCCUCAUAAGUGUAAUGCUGUUUCUUUUGCUAGUUCAGAAGCGUCACAGAUCUUGCAGGGCAUACUCAUUCUAGCAUCACAAAUCCCAAAAUACGAACAGAGACCGCUUCUCAUAGGGCUCCGCAUGACAAACAUUUUUGGCAUGCAGAAUUGCAUGACAACUCUGGGGUGGGCGGGACGUUUUUACUCGGGAUACACUGCAAACUGUUCAGGGCCGGGUGCGCGUGUGAUAUCCUGUGCAAAAGUAUCUGAUACUCGUAUUGCAAUCAUGCAUUUACAAAUCUUUCUCUUAAGGUAAAUCAGCAUUACAAAUUUUAUCUCUCAUGCUGAGGAAAUUUGUAAUGCAUUGAUACGAGUAGGAGUGCGAUACUUUUGCAAUUCAUAUGUGACAACCCAUGUCAACUGGGGGACGGCCUAUGGGGAGAAAAAAGUUUGUCCCAGUCGCUAACGUGGAGGCUUUGCAUUUACAAAGUCUUUUAAGUAGCAUCACAACUUUUCCUUGUGUUGCAGAAACACGAAGGGAAAUCACGUAUGAAGUUUAGCUGUGGUGUGUUUUUACUCAUGACAGGCAUUUUUUGUAUUGCAAAAAUGCCCAUGAGUGAUCGUGACGAGCUUUUUUCUUUUGAUACGGCCAGUUUACGGUGCACUACCGCAUGAAGGACUGCUACUCAUCGAAGAGCGCCUAUGGGGGUGUCAGGAUCGAAAUCGACAAAAUCGAAAAAUUUGUGAUGCAUAAAAUGCGGGGCACGCGAGGCCUGUAUUGGGGAGCAGGCAAAUGAGACCGAUUGUGAGCCUGUUUAGGGGUGGUCGUAUGAAAUGUGUUGCCAGAGUAGCAUGACAGGAGCAGGUGGUCCCGAACAGCAUGACAGACUGGAUUUUGGUGGUUCCGAAAUUUGUCAUGCGCCACUUGGAAACUAAGGCUCCAACUGGCAUCGAUUUUGUGCAUCACAAGUUUUUCGAUUGUGUCGAUUUCGAUUCUGACACUUCCACAGCGCCGGGAGCAGCUUCGGUCUCGUGAAGGGCUUGCAACUGGUGUCUGGGACGCCCGCAACCAAGCGGCCCAGCGGGGACGACGAGACAGUGUUUACGCUGAAGAGGCAAUUCCCGGACCGGGUGUUACCGGAGGAGGAGACGCUGAUGGCAGACGCCGGUACAACCCUGGUGGAAGACGAGUUGCAACUACCCUUCGGAAAGGACGAGAAGCGGCCCGACGAGAUCGCGGCCUGGGCUGCGGGUCCAUCUGCUGAUUAUUCUUACUCCUUGUGGGCGGAACCAAACUACGAGCGGCGCGUGAACCCCAGCGCGAAAAUAUCAAAGUGAAAAACCCCUCCUCCCCAUGUUGAAGCGGGGAUUUCUGUUGCUGAAUUUGUGUACACAAAUCAGCUCUGUCUUGCAGUGAGGCACUGCAGGCAGAGCCGAGGCCUGCGUAGGAGUGUUUUGGUGUAGGUGCUUCGCAUACUGCAGAGGCUUGCCAUGUAGCCGCAACAGCAUUACAAACCGCCUGCAUCAAGAUCCGGCGGAUUCUUUGGCUUUGCCGUCUUGCAUGAGAGACAGGACUUGUGGCCACAAAUCAGCAUCGCAAAUCUAUUUUCGAAGCGUACCUUUUCAGUAUGGGGAGGCGGGGGAAUUUUUCCUCACAAUAGAAAACGGACACGUUGAACGAGCUCCCGAGCAACGCUGCUAUCAAAAGGAAAAAUACCCCCUCCCCAUAUCGAAAAGGAAAUUUGUGAUGCUGGAUUUGCGUACACAAAUCAGAUUUGUCUUGCAGUAGAGGAGUGCAGGCAUGUGCCAACCCUGGGCAGCGAGGUGUUGACAUAGGCGCCUGGCAUUACAAGUGUCCACGCCGUAGGCCCAACAGCAUCACAAAUCGCCUGCAUAAUGCGGCGGAGCCUGUGGAGUUGCCUACUGGCAAGACAGACCCGACUUGUGGUCACAAAUCAGCAUUGCAAAUUUUCUGUGGCUUCCUUUUUGUUAUGGGGAGGGGGGAUUUUUCCUUACGAUAGCUGCACUGUUAUCCUUUGUAAAAACGCGCCCACGACCCCAUAGUCAAGAUGUGAAAUCUGCUAGACAAAUCACCCAGCUUUGCUUGCUGCAGCUGCGCAUGAAAGGUUUGGCCUUGGUGUAGUGUAGUUCUGUUUAGCUAGUAGCUCCAGCAGCAUCACAGAUCUCGCCUAUAAUCAUGCGAGUUCGAGCGUCACAAAUUCCACAACGUGACGAAGAAUGAAACGCGUCUCAUGGGGCUCCGCAUGAGAAAGAUUUUUCCCAUGCAGAUUUGCAUGACAACUUUGGGGUGGGGACGUUUUUGCAUAGGAUGACUGUCCGCUUUGGUGCAUUCCGACACGGGACUACAGGACGAACAGCACCACUGCACGGACUACAGCCUCUUUCUGGGCCACGAGUGGCUCACCGCUACGCAGUAUGAACUGCAAAAGUACCGUACUCGUAUAAAUGCAUUACAAAUUUCCUCAGCAUGAGGAAUGAAAUUUGUAAUGCGGACGAGCCUUAAAAAAAAAUUUGUAAUGCAUGAUUGCAAUACGAGUGCGAUACUUUUGCACAGGAUACGCAGGGCAGGAAAGAGGCGGCGUUCGCCGCCCGCCACACCCUGAAGCGAGCGUACCUAUGAAAUGCAAAAAUGUCUGGGUCUGGGAGAUUGCAAGAUUUGUCAUGCUUGUCUGGCAUGACCAUCAAGCUUGUGAUGCGUGUCCAAGAAGAGACCCUUUUUCCUGUCGUGCAAAAACGCAGUUUGUCAUGCGAAAAUCGCAACACAAAGAAGCGCAGAUAUUUCUCAUGCUUGGCUGUGCAUUACAGAGCAUUCACUAUUCCCAGCGCAGCAUUACAAGUUUCCAGACCCAGACAUUUUUGCAUUUGAUAGCACCAGGUCCUGAGCAACUACAAGAUCAACCCCCACUAUCCGGGAAAAAAAGUGUGUAAGUCUAAGUGUAACCCUAACCUUCUUGGAGGAACAGCAUCACAAAUUUGCUCUGUAUGACAGAGAAAUAGACCUCUCAUGCGUAGCUAGUAUCAGUGAAAACACUUAAGUACUACGAGAAGAACCUCUGAUGCAUGUCCAGCAUGACAAGUGUACGCAUCUACUUGCAUCCCCUGCAACACAAAUUUUUAAUACACUUACGCCGUUUUUUUCUUGCAUACCCACCGGGCCGACUUUCUGCAGACCCCGGACGGGGUGCACCGGGAUUUCCUGAAUGAGGCGAUCAACUUCUGUUACUAUUCCGAAAGCUCAGCCAGCUACCCCUUUUGGGAGUGGAAAAGCUACGACGGCUUCCCGGUGCCCCUCACCAAACUGCGCGUUUGGAACACCAACCAGGCGGGGGAUCGAGACUUUCUGAAGCCGUUUUACCUAUUAACUGCAAAUAUGUCUAUGGGUCUGGAAACUUGUGAUGCUGGUUGGCGAAUCCUGACGACGCCAUAAGUGACGGCUCAGCAUGACAAGUUUCUGACUUGCUAGGUGUUGGGUAUAAUUCUGCAUGACAAACCGCCUUUCGGCAUGACAGAAAAGUGGGACUACUUUUGGGCAACGAGCAUGACAGACCUUGGAGUCAUGCUACCGGAGCAUGACAGACCUUCCAUUCUUCCAGAUGACCCAGACAUUUUUGCAAUCCAUAUUACCUCCUGAUUGACAACGGAAUCUUCUUGGGGAGUUUUGACCCAAGCAGCGCGCUAUCAAAUGUAAAAAUGUCUGGGUCUGGAAGGGUUGGAACUUGUGAUGCAAAGAACUCUGGGACACACAAAAAUUUGUGUUGCAUGAGCGCCAAAAGCUGUCCAUUUCUUGUCACGCAAGUAGGAAGUUUCUAAUGCGGGACAGGCAUCACGAGGCGUGCACAAAACCUGUGAUGCUUUUGCCCGCAUCAGACGCCAUUUGCCUGAUCCGAACUAUGCAUGACAAAUCUCGCAAUAUUCCAGACCCAGACAUUUUUACAUUUGAUGCGCGCAGAAGUUGACCACGGUGCAGCAGAGUGAGACGAACAACGAGGGGCUCGACGGGCUGUACACGAGCACGGGGAAGUACAUGGCGACCAUUGCCCUGUACAGGGAACUGAAAACCCUGCGGAUCCAGGCGCAGGCGGCCAGCGACAAGUUGAUUCUAUGCGGGUUGGAGCUCUUCGUGGCCGCCUCGGACGGGAGAAAGUUACGCAAGUUUCAGGACUUUACCGUGUCCGUCUUCCCCAAACGGGACGAGGCGAACACCUUGUAUCCUGUGCAAAAGUAUCGUACUCGUAGUUGUAAUUGCAUUUAUCUUUAUGCGUAUACAAAUCUCUUUCUCAAGGCAAAUCAGCAUUACAGAUCCAAUUUGUAAUGCUGGGCUAAUUUGUAAUGCAAUUUAUACUAGUUGUACGAUGCUAUUGCGUUGCAUACCUUGGGGGACCCGACAACGGAGCAUAGGUACCGGGCGGUAACCAAUAUCAAAUGCAAAAGUGUCUGGGUCUGGAAGAAUGCAACUUGUCAUGCUGAAUCUGAAGCAUGCAAAAACUUGCGUUGCGUGAUUACCAAAAGAUGUCCACUUUUGACCAGUUUGACGGGGAGUUUCUCAUGCAGGAUAGGCACGAUAGACACCUCACAGCGUUUGUCAUGCUAGGCGCUGCAUUCCAGGCCUCAUGGGUCAUGGAAAAACUGCAUUUCUUGCAUUCUUCCAGACCCAGACAUUUUUGCAAUCCAUAACCAACCCCCACGCCGUGAACGGCGUCGACGUGCCGGACUAUAACGGCUAUCAAAUGCAAAUGUGUCUGGGUCUGGAAGAGUGUAACUUAUCACGCUAUGUAUAUGUAUCUGGGUCGUGGAAAAAUUUGUGUUGCAUGAUUACCAAAAGAGGUCCACUUUUGAACAAGUUUAGAGGCGGUUUCUCAUGCAGGAAAGGCAUGGUAGAGAUCUCACAGAACCUGUUAUGCUAGGCAGUGCAUGCCAGACCGUGGGGGUCAUGGAAAACCUGCAUGACAAACCUAGCAAUCUUCCAGACCCAGACAUUUUUGCAUUUGAUAACGGCGCUACCGCCGCAACCACCGUCCACGGCGGAUUUCUGGCCUUCGGGUAUCAAAUGUAAAAAUGUCUGGGUCUGGGAAAAUGCAACUUGUGAUGCUGCAUUUGGAUUCCAGAAAAAUCUGUAUUGCAUGAGUACCAAAAGGAAUGCAAUUUUUGCUACGCGGAGAGGGCAUUUGUCAUGCGGAAUAGGCAUCAAGAAGCUCUCAAAAAAUCUGUGAUGCUAGGGCAUGCAUCACAGACAUCAGGGCUCGUGCAAAACGUGCAUGACAAGUGUCAGAACCUUCCAGACCCAGACAUUUUUACAGUUGAUAUCGGGACGGCCGUUGCCAAUCGCAACGUGGCGCAAGCAGGGGCUGAACUGUCGACGUGUAUCAAAUGCAAAUAUGUCUGGGUCUGGAAGAAUCCAACUUGUCAUGGAUUCUAAAAAAAUUAGUGUUGCAUGACCAGCAAGAAAGGUCCAGUUUGUGCUACGCGGAGAGGGCAUUUGUCAUGCGUAAUUAGCAUCAAGAAGCUCUCAAAAAAUCUGUGAUGCUAGCACCAGCAUCACAGACCUCACGGGUCAUGCAAAAUCUGCAUGACAAGCCCCGACUCUUCCAGACCCAGACGUUUUUGCAUUUGAUAACCUGCUCGUGGGUGCGAUCCAAGGCUGCG